UCCAAAGGAAGCCCCGGAACUCCUCCACGCCCGACUCUGAUCUCUUUGGCGACCCUAAAAAAAGUCCAAAUUCAUUCAAUCCCUCUUCCGUGAUUCUUCCAAACUGUUUGGGAUCCGAGAAAAUUCCAAACCCCCUUAUUUUCCUCCCUUUUCCCGCACCCAUUUCCCUCAAUUUCAAAGCAGGAACUAAGCUUAUUGGAAGGAGCCGCGCGCGCAUAGCCUGGACGCGGUUAUCAAAGUUUUGUUAUCUAAUUAAAUUAUCAAUUUUGGAGGGUGUACGGUACCCGAUAUGAACUCUCUGAUUUGAACAACCAACUGUUCAAAUCCCGCGGAGUCAUUAGCUCUAAUGUAUAUGCUGCUCAAUCAUUGCCCUUGAGAAAUUUUGGCUUUAUGUGCUUUAGUUCCCCAACUUUGUCAUGCACCUCUGUAUUUUUUGGGUUAAUGAUGCAAAGUAUGUGUGGAAACUAGUGAAAUGGCAACAUCUAGCAAGUUUGAUAUCUCGUCUAGUAGCCCAGAUCGACCUUUAUAUAUCAGUGGGCAACGUGGAUCCCACAUAGCUACUCAAAUGGACAGAUCGAGUAGCUUUCGUGAGACCAUGGAUAAUCCAAUUUUGUCUUCUCUUCCAAACAUGUCAAGAAGCACCUCCACAGUAACACAAGGAGAUGUGAUGAAUUUCUUUCAUUGCUUGAGGUUUGAUCCAAAGGUGGUGGCUUCGGAUCAUAAAUCACUCCGCCAAGGGGACUUUAAACGACAUGUACAUGUUGCUCUUGGAAUUUCAUCAGAUGAAUCUCCUUCUGGUUCUACAAAAGGAAAGAUGCUGCCUCCAUCUCUAUCACCAGAGGAAGCCAAACGAGCCAAGAAUGCUCUGCGGGAAAGUAAUGUCAAGGCCAGGGAACGGAUGAAAAUUUUUAACGAAGCUCUGUCGGUAUUUAAUAAAUUUUUCCCAAGUGUACCAUCUAAAAAGAGAUCUCGAUCAGAAGGUUUUCCUAGUGAUCGCUCUGGUGCAAUGUUAUCAAGUGAUCGACCAGGUGCAGGACCAAGCAUGGGCAAGAUAGGAAUUCAAAAUCACUCCAUCCAAGGUGGUUUUGAACUUGAGCAGAAGUCAGAAGAACGGACGAAAACUACUCUCCCGAAUAAACGCACUCGAACUUCUUUUGUGGAUGCUAAGAUGGAUGGACGGAGUAAUGCUCUGGUCAGGACAUCUGGCACUGUAGAUAGGGAUAGAGAAAUGUUGAGGCUUGCAAACAGUGGUGCAGUUCAGGGUGAGGAUAGAACUUUAUCCAUUGGAGUUGAUGGUUGGGAAAAGUCAAAAAUGAAGAAGAAGCGUUCUGGGAUAAAAGCAGAUGUUUCUCCCAGUACGCUGCCUCCUAAAUCCAUUGAUGGCUUUCGGGAAACUAAACAAGGAAUGCAGCAAAGGCCUGUUACUGAUGCUCGAUCAAGGUUAAAUAAUGACUCGCAUGGUUUUAGGCCGGGAGUCACUAGUAGCGUUGUUGGAGUUGGGAAAUCUGAUGGAAUGUCACAACAGACUGGCUUGGGUAUGCGUUCAUCCAUCUCUAGGACUGAUCCAGAUAACAGUUCCCUAACCAAUGACAAGAGAGAUCGUCCUAUUGGUUCAGAUAAGGAAAGGGUGAACCUUAGAACUGUUAACAAGGCAAACGGUCGUGAUGAUUUAAAUUCAGCUAGUCCUAUUUCAAAUGCAAAAGUGAAUGCAUCUGUCCGAGCACCACGAUCAGGUACAGGAGGUUUGCCUAAGUCGUCCCCGGUUGUCCAUAGACCUACUGUUUCCAAUGACUGGGAGAUUUCUCACUGUACAAACAAGCCCCCUUCCGGCAUUGGAGCUAACAAUCGCAAACGCAUGGCAUCAACACGAUCUUCUUCCCCACCCGUUACCCAUUGGGCUGGCCAAAGGCCACAGAAAAUCUCACGUACUGCAAGACGCUCAAAUUUUGUUCCAAUUGUUUCCAGUAAUGAUGAAACUCCUGCCAUGGAUAGCCCAUCUGAUGUCACUGGUAAUGACAUUGGUUCGGGGUUCACAAAACGCAUGUCUGGAGGUUCACCUCAGCAGGUUAAGUUAAAAGGUGAUCCUUUGUCUGCUGCUGCCUUAUCUGAGAGUGAGGAGUCAGGGGCUGUUGAAACAAAGUCCAGAGAUAAAGUUAAAAAGUCUGACGAGGCGGAUGAGAAAGCUGGACAGAGUGUCCAAAAAGUAUCCUCUCUUGUAUUGUCGUCAAGAAAGAAUAAGCUAGUUUCUGGGGAAGACCUUGGAGAUGGUGUUCGGAGGCAGGGGAGGACUGGGCGAGGAUUUUCUUCCACGAGGUCUCUUAUGCCAAUGACAGUAGAGAAGAUUGGCGUCGUGGGAACAGCAAAACAGCUUAGAAGUGCCAGACUUGGUUUUGAUAAGACUGAAAGUAAGGCUGGCCGUCCACCAACUAGGAAACUUUCUGACCGAAAAGCCUAUACUCGUCAAAAGCAUACAGCAAUUAAUGCAGCCGCAGAUUUUCUUGUUGGGUCAGAGGAUGGGAAUGAAGAGCUAUUGGCUGCUGCAAAUGCUGUUAUUAACCCCGUCCGUGUCUGUUCCAGCCCAUUUUGGAAGCAGAUGGAGCCAUUUUUUGGUUUUAUUUCUGAUGCAGACAUUUCUUACUUAAAGCAACAGGAGAACCUUGAGUUUACUGCGUUGACAUCUACCCAAGUACCUUCAAACGGAGAUGGUGGUAACACCGUCUCUAAUGGAUUUGGGUCAACUGAAUGUGAAUCAAGAAAUGGGGAAUUCCUUCUAGAACAAUUAGUACAAGGUACAGGGGAUCAUAAUGAAAUUUCCCUUUGUCAAAGGCUCAUAGCAGCACUAAUUUCAGAGGAGGAUUAUAGCAGUGGAAAUGAAGAUCUCAAAGUUGAUGCAUAUGGAUCUGAAUUUGAUCAGGAUGGAGAGUUGGGAUCAAAUACUUUGGAUCACCAAUCUCUACUUAAUUUUCAAUUUUCUGGACAUUCUGCUUAUAACGGUUAUAGGGCAAUUGGGAAAUCAGAACAAAAUGAGCCUGAAACUGAAAUGACUGGUAUCCCACACAUGGCAAUGAACGCAAACUUCAGUUGUUCGUCAAAUGGCUUACUCUUGGACCAAACAUCGAUUCCUAACAGCAUGUGUACAGAAUUUCAAUAUGAAAACAUGCCAAUAAAUGAAAAGCUUCUCUUGGAAAUUCAAAGUAUUGGAAUUUUCCCAGAACCUGUGCCUGACAUGGUGCGGAUGGGGGAUGAAGAAAUCGGUGAGGAGAUAAGUAAAUUGGAGGAGAAGUAUCAUCAACAGGUUUUGAAGAGGAAAGGUUUGAUAGACACGUUAUUGAAGUCUGCCUUGGUAACAAAAGAACAUCAAGAAAAGGAGUUUGAACAACAUGCCCUCGAGAAACUCACCACAAUGGCCUAUGAAAAAUAUAUGGCUUGCUGGGGUAGCGGGAAGAGUUCCAGUAAUAAAGGGGCAAAGCAAGCUGCCUUGGCUUUUGUUAAACGGACACUAGAGCAAUGUCAUAAGUAUGAUGAUACAGGCAAGAGCUGCUUUAGCGAACCCUUAUUUAUGGAAACAUUUCAUUCGAGGUCUAACAUUAAUAGUGCACGACAAGUUGAUUUUGCCACAGACGGAGAAUCUAGCAAAGGAUAUGCCUCCAUCCGUUAUUUGGAAGGCCGAAUUUCAGCUCUCUGUUCUGCAGCUUCCAUGGGUUCACAACAAAGCCCCUCACAGUUCAUUCAGAAUGUUGAUAAACAUGAUAUCUCUUCAGAUGUGCUCGUCUCCGAACAAACUACUGGGAAAGAAGAUACAUGGUCAAACAGAGUGAAGAAGAGGGAAUUGUCACUUGAUGAUGUUGGCAGUCCUAUUGGUAUUUCAAGUGCGCAAGCAAGCAUGGGAAAUACUCUAUCAAGCAGCGCCAAAGGAAAAAGGAGCGAGAGGGACAGAGAUGGAAAAGGGUACAACAGAGAGGUGUUAUCUAGAAAUGGAACGGCUAAAAUUGGUCGUCCUUCAUUAUCCUCCAAUGCCAAGGGGGAAAGGAAAUCUAAAACAAAGCCCAAGCAGAAAACAACUCAGCUAUCUGUUUCAGUAAAUGGCCUUCUUGGCAGGAUAACCGAACAACCCAAACCAGCAACGCCUUCCAUACCAAAAUCAAGUGAAAUGACCACAAGUAGCAACGCCAAGGGAAAAGAUGACUUUGGCUUAGAUGUAUUGGAUGACCAACCUAUUGACUUGUCCCAUCUGCAACUACCAGGAAUGGAUGUACUAGGUGUUCCUGAUGAUCUUGAUGGUCAAGGGCAGGAUUUGGGUUCUUGGUUGAACAUUGAUGAUGAGGGGUUGCAAGAUCACGACUUUAUGGGCCUUGAAAUUCCAAUGGAUGACCUUUCAGACCUAAAUAUGAUGGUUUGAAGCUGCUUCUUUGUAUAGACUUUGUUCAUUAUACAAUUGACAAAAGAAACAAAACUGCUUUGCUCAAGAAAUGGCCAGUUAUAUGAUAGUCAUUGGACCUUCUAUCAACAAUUAGGUUAUAUAGAUUCUUUUUUAGGCUCCCGCACAAGUUGAUUUUUGAGUGAACCUUUCGGAUGUUUUUCUUUUAUCUCUCUCCUUUAUUAAGUUGGUGACUUUGACUGUAAAGAUCUUUUUGUUCAAGGUAAAAUUAGUAUGUCCUAGUGAUUAUAUCUUAGCAAAUAUGUAUCCUCGCUGUAGCUUUCACAAAUCAGAGAACAAUGCCUCAUGUAAAUACAUUUCAUAUUCCUAAUAAAAU